AUGUCAUUUUUAAAUAAAUCAAAUAAUAUUCCAAACUAUAUACAAAAAGAAAUAAUUAAAUUGAUUUGUUAUCAAUGUAAUAGAGUGAAUAAAAAAUUAUGUGAAUUUGAUUUAUAUGAAGAAGAAGAAAUUAAAUAUAAAUCAAUAAAUAAAACUAUAUUAUCAAUUUGUUUAACAUCAUGGUUCUGGUUUAAAACUUGUUCAACCUAUAUGAAUGUAAUAAUUAAUUUUAAUAAAUCAAUUGAUAUUAUAAAUAAUAAUAAUAAUAAUAAUAAUAAUUAUUUUAAUAAUAUUAUUUAUAAUAAUAUAAUAAAUAAUAAUAAUAAUAAAUAUUCAAUGUUAAAAAUUGAAAAUUUAACAACACUGGUAUUAGAAUCAUCAAUUAUAAAAAGUAUGAAUUUCAUUGAAAGAUUAAAUAAAUUUUUAAAUUUACAAGUUAUAAAAACAAAUUUAAAAAAGAUAUUAAUUCAUAUAAAUUAUAGUAAUAACAAUAGUCAAAAUAAUCAAUUGAUAUCAAUGAUUGGUAAAAUUGAUUUUCCGUUUAUUAGAAUUAGUAAUUUCGAAUUUGAUGUGUCAAUAACCUCAAUGACGACAUCAUUCAUUCUACCAAUUAAUAUUAAAAAGAUUAAAAGUAUUGGCGUAUUAAAGAACUAUUCACCAUCAAUGAUCAUUUCAAAUCUUAGAAAUCUAUCAUUUAAAGAGAUUUACAUUUGUAAUUAUAAUAAUAAAUUCCCAUUUAAAGAACUAUCAAUUAUGAAUAAACUUUCAUCGGUUCAAUAUUAUGAUACUCAUAAAACUUCUAUUAAAAUUGAUGACCUUUAUUAUAUACUAAAAUCAAGUCCAAAUUUACAAUUAUUAUCAUUUUAUAUUUGUAUUGAUGAUUUAAUUUAUCAAUUAUCUUGUCCAAAACAUAAACCAAAAUCAUGUCAAUGUAAUAAUAAUAAUAAUAAUAAUAAUAAUAAUAAUAAUAAUAAUAAUUCAUUAUCAACAACCACUACCACUUCCACCUCCACCUCCACCACUUCAUCAACUACAACUACUACAACAAUUUCAAAUACAACAAAUAAUGAAUUUUCAUUUUAUUAUUAUUGGAGAAUGGUUUGUAAAUUAAUUAAAAAUCAUAAGAAAUUAAAAAGUUUAUUUAUUUAUUCCUUAUGUAAAAAUGGUGAAAAUUGUGGUUUAAAUUAUUUAAAUAAAUUAAAAAUGUCAAAUCAUUUCGUUAAUCAAUUUGGUGGUAUGAUAUCAAAGAAUAAAUCAAUAAAGAAAUUAAAUUUAGACGGUUUUAAUUCACCAGAUUUAUUAAAACGUAUAAUUACCAAUAAUAAUACUAUCAAUUCAAUUCAAUUUCAAUUCCCAAAUAAUGGUAAUAAUAUUUUAACAAAUAAUCAAAAAUUAGAAUAUAUUAAUAUUUUUGAUAAAUUAUUAAAUAAUAAUAAUUAUGAUAAUGAUGACAGUGGAUCACAACAACCACAAUUACAACAACCACAACAACAACCACAACAACUACAACAUUCUAUAAAGAAAUUCAAAUUAAUUGAAAAUAUAAGUAAUCAAGUUGAUUCAAAGGUUAAAACCGAAAAGGUUUUAUUUUCUUUUGAAAAGUAA